AUGGUACUGGGUCUCCUGGUCAUCGCGGGGAUCCCCACGACGAUUGGGGUAUGCGAGGCACUCAGUGCGCAGAAGAAGCAGAACGCGGCAGCUAAGGAGAAAGCCAAAUUCUCCAUGACCACGGAUCUCUCACUCGACGGCGGCCCAGCAGUGGAGUGCUUCUGCGUUCUGGCAGACGGGAAGUUGUGGGUAGAUCACCCAGACGCUCCGGCGCCGGGCCACAGAUUCGCGGGGUACUACUUCACGUACCCGAGCGAGGAGAAGCACCUGGGGCUGGUGAGCACGAUCGCGGACGACCCGCCCAUGCUCAACUGGCUCUUCGUCGACAGGGAGACGGGCGCGUUACGGCACGGCGGGCGCAAGGAUACGCUGGAGCACCUCAUUGGGCCCUGGGGCUGGAGCGAUGACGAGACGUGGCUGACGCUCGAGGGGAGGGACGGCGGGUUUGUGGCGGCCGAGGACGAGGAAACAGGGAAGUGGUGCGUCUUCCUCGAUCGAGAUCAACAUAACGGAGGGCAGCGACGCGUCACAGACGACGGGGAGGGUGGUGGACGUGGGCUGAGGAUACCGAUCAAAUUACGGCGCAAGAUGGCGCUGGGGAUGGAGAGCAGAUACGUCCGGCCGGACGAGAAGAGAUGA